UUUAUCGUGCCUCAGUUUCCCUCUCAUUCCUAUUUCUGGGUCUCAGUUUUCCACUGGGUGGAGAUGCGGACCAAGAUGCGUCUCCUGGGGUUCCGUGGGGCCUCAGUGAAGCCCCUGAAUGAGGAGGCAGCAGCCGAGCUGGGGGCGGGGCUACUGGGGGAGGUGCUCGUGUUCAGCGUGUGCGGGCUCUGCCUCUACCAGGAGUACCUGUGGCAAGUGGGGCAGGGCCGGUGGCACGAGGAGCACCUGGACAGGGCCCUGGGGAAACUCUGGGAUCACCUGAAGGAGCUCAGGAGGGACCUGGAGGAAGCCUCAGGCCAUCCCCAGGGAACCUCCGGCCACGCCCAGAACGGGGUUGAACGUGGCCAUAGAAGCUCAGGCCACGCCCCCACCAAAGCUGUGAAUGGUGCUGCUGGAUCUGGACACGACCCUACUGUGUCAGGCCACACCCCCGCUGGGUCGGGCCACGCCCCCCGCAUUAAACACGCUCUGUGUGUUCUGUUUUGUGCCCUUAAGGGGCGGGGCUAACACAGAGGAUGGGCGUGGCUAGUUUGGGCGUGGUCAUUCUGCUAUGGGCGUGGCCACCGUGAAGAGGCAGGGCUUGACGAGGAGGAGAGGCGUGAUUGGUGGGAGGGUGCUGAUGGAUCUGUGGAGUGGGCGUGGCUUCCUCUGAGGGAUGUGGGCGUGGCCAUUCAAGCUUUGCCUCCCAAGUCCAGAAAGAAAUUUACGUUUUUAUUUAAAUUUCUCCUGUAAAAAACCCGUUUAUUGGUUUAAACAAAGUGAAAAACCCAAAAGUGACUUA